UUGAAGUCCCGGGGAGAAAAGGGUAGAGGAGGAGGAGGAGGAGGAGGAGGGCGGGGGAAAGGAGUUGCUGCUACAGCUGGCGCUCCGAAGCUCUCCCACGGCUCCUUCUCCUUCAGGUCCCUCCUUCAGUCGACUGCCCUUCCGGAGCCCGAAAUUGUUGAGAAACCAUACUUUUACCCGGAGAACAAUCUUCCUGCCUUUUUCCCCUGCAUCUCUCCUGAAGAGUGAAGCUUGGGUAUUUCUUUGAGGCUUACACCUCACUCUGCCAAGGACUAGCAGCGUGGGGGAAGGCAUACAAGUUAAUGUUUUCAUCCAACCGGACAAAGGAGAAUGGGGACCCUACACCCAAAAGAAUGAAGACUCGACAGAAUAAAGACUCCAUGUCAAUGCGGAGUGGUCGGAAGAAGGAGACUCCAGGGCCCCGAGAGGAGCUCAGGACACGGGGUCGAGCUUCUCCAGGGGGUGUCAGCACUUCCAGCAGUGAUGGCAAAGCUGAGAAGUCCCGACAAACCACCAAGAAAGGUCGCGUGGAAGAGUCAAUGGCCCCCAAAGGAAGCAAGCAGAGCCGACCCGAGGAGAUUUCAGAGAGUGAAGGAGAGGACACCAAUGCCCCAAAGAAAACUAAAACAGAGGAACUGCCGAGGCCUCAGUCUCCCUCAGACGUCGAUAGUCUGGAUGGCCACAGCUUCAACGAUGAGACUAGCAGUGACCCACGCGAUAUUGACCAGGACAACCGGAGCACCUCCCCCAGCGUGUACAGCCCCGGCAGUGUGGAGAAUGAUUCUGAUUCCUCCUCGGUGCUGUCGCAGGGACCGCCCCGUUCUUACCAUCGCCCCCCGCUGUUCCCUCAGAGCCCAUCCCCUGCCCCCUUGCCCGAGGGCCUAGCUCGUGCACCAGAACCAAACUUCAACAUAACAGGGGAGGUUCAUCCUCAGGGCCCUGCGGGUGGCUACCAGUCACAGUUGGAAGCCCAGGGCUCAAGGAUUUUCCAGGCCCAAGCCCCUCCAGCUCCUGCACCCUCCACCAAUUCUUCCUCUUCUCCCUCCUCCUCCUCCUCCUCCUCUUCCUCCUCCUCCUGCACAACCCACAUCUCUCUUUACCCCAACGCCAAUGUGGUCCAGAUGGGGCCCAAAGCUGUGAACCCAGGAGCAGCAGGCCUCCCAGCGCCAAGUGUGCGGGAGCAGCCUCUGAGUGCCAAGAACAACCUGCCGCCCACCACCCCUAUUUCCCUGGCCUCUGUGGCAGGAGCCCUGCCCCCGCAGAAGACCCCUCCAAACAACUCCCCCUCAGUGCUUCCUCCUUCCGCCGCCCCCUUCCCUCACGUGUUAGCCAACUUGCCUCCCCCGCCGGCUCUCCGCCCUCUCAAUAACAUGACUGCCACCUCCAGCUCCCCAGGGAUGGUGGGCCAAGCGCUGAGUGGACACCUUCCAUCGCCCCAUGGGAUGGGGCAGGAGAAGUCGCCUGUCCCUUCUCGUUACCCCUAUGCUCCCCCGCCUCCGCCACCCCCGCCCAGUUCUUCUGCUCAGUAUACUCUCCCUCCCCCUUCCCAGGCUCUGCCCAGCUAUAGUUCCUCCUACGGGCACUCCUUCCCUCCACCCAGCAGCCUCUCUGUUUCCAGCCAGCCACCCAAGUACACCCAGCCCUCCAUGCCCUCUCAGCCGGUGUGGAGCCAAGGUCCGCCCCCCUACAGCCGUCCCGUAGGGAACCCCAGCUCCCACCCUCCCGCAUCCUUUCCCAGUCAGGCUGCUCAUCACCAGCAACAGCAGCAGCAGCAGCACCAUCACAGCCAUGGUGGGGGCACAGGGCUCUCCCCAGCAGCAGCAGCAGCAGCAGCAGCUCCCCAAACAUCUGGAGGCUAUUCUCACCCCCUGGAGCCAGGUCCCCACCAUUCCUCUCAUGCAGCCUAUGGCCUCCGUCUCUACCCACCCCACAGCCAUGGCACGUACAGCCAGGCCCCUUCGGCAUCUUCCUCUUCCUCCUCCUCUUCCUCCUCCUCCUCUUCUUCCGCCACCCAGGGAACAUACCCAGGGGUCUGCAGCCACCCUCAAGGGCAGGGCACUGCUACUUACGCCUUUCCUCCUCCACCUCCUCCUUCACCUGCACAUGGGGCUGGGCCCCCCGUCACCUCUGCCUCUGUCACCCUCUCCACAGUCAUAACUACAAUGGCUUCUGCCUCCACGGCCCCUUACAAGACAGUGUCACCUCCGGUGGGGGCCCCUGUUGUGGCCUCUUACGGUAAACGAACAGCUUCACCCUCUCCCACCUUCCAGCCUCCCGCCCCGUACAAGCCCGCCUCUCCUCCAUCAUCUGCAGCGUCCUCGUUCCGUGCAGCCACACCACCAGGCUACAGGCUGGCCUCUUCCCCUGCAGCUGGGGGUUACAAAGCCCCCUCACCUGCCCCCAUUGCCCCUCCAGCCUCUGGAAGUAUGGCAGCCCCUCCUCCACCCUUGCCCCCACUGCCCCUCAGCGCAGCACAGAUCAAACAGGAGCCUUCGGAGGAGUAUGAGCCCCCAGAGAGCCCAAUGCCACCAGUCCGGAGUCCGUCGCCGGCCCCCAAAGUGGUGGAUGUACCAAGUCAUGCUAGCCAGUCAGCCAGGUUCAACAAACAUCUGGAUCGUGGGUUCAAUUCCUGCUCACGGACUGACCUCUACUUCGUGCCCCUGGAUGGCUCCAAGCUAGCCAAGAAGCGGGCAGAUCUGGUGGAGAAGGUGCGCAGAGAGGCCGAACAGAAGGCCCGGGAAGAGAAGGAGCGUGAAAGGGAGCGAGAACGGGAGAAAGAGCGGGAACGGGAGAAGGAAAGAGAACUGGAAAGAAGUGUGAAAGUGGCACAAGAAGGCCGAGCAGUGGAGUGCCCAUCUCUCGGCUCCGUCCCUCACCGCCCGUCCUUUGAGCAGGGCAGUGCUGUUGCCACCGUCCCGCCCUACCUGGGCCCUGACACGCCAGCUCUUCGCACCCUCAGCGAGUAUGCCCGCCCCCACGUCAUGUCUCCCAGCAACCGCAACCACCCUUUCUAUGUACCCCUGGGGGCCGUCGACCCGGGACUGUUAGGCUACAAUGUGCCAGCCAUCUACAGCAGCGACCCAGCCACGCGGGAAAGAGAGCUGAGAGAGCGGGAGGCCCGAGAGCGAGACCUCAGGGACCGUGACCUACGGGAGCGCCUUAAGCCUGGCUUUGAAGUGAAGCCGGCAGAGUUGGAGCAGCUCCAUGCUGUGCCUAGCGCAGCUAUGGAUCCCUUUCCACGGCACGGGGGGCUGGCUCUGCAGGCAGGCCCUGGCCUGCACCCGGCGUUCCCUUUCCACCCAGGGCUUGGCCAUUUGGAGAGGGAGAGGCUGGCACUGGCAGCUGGCCCAGCCUUGCGCCCCGACAUGUCUUAUGCUGAGCGGCUGGCGGCUGAGCGGCAGCAUGCAGAGAGAGUCGCCGCUCUGAGCAACGACCCUUUGGCUCGGUUGCAGAUGCUCAACGUGACCCCUCAUCAUCACCAGCAUUCCCACAUCCAUUCUCACCUCCACCUCCACCAGCAGGAUGCCAUCCAUGCAGCUUCAGCUUCUGUUCACCCUCUUAUUGAUCCACUGGCUUCUGGAUCACAUCUCACCCGGAUACCCUACCCUGCUGGUACCCUCCCUAAUCCACUUCUUCCUCACCCACUCCAUGAAAAUGAGGUGUUGCGCCACCAGCUUUUUGCUGCACCCUACAGAGACCUGCCUGGCUCGCUUUCUACCCCAAUGUCGGCAGCACAUCAGCUCCAAGCCAUGCAUGCACAGUCAGCAGAGCUGCAGCGCCUGGCCCUGGAGCAGCAGCAGUGGCUGCAUGCCCACCACCCUCUGCAUGGAGUGCCACUCCCCACGCAGGAGGAUUACUACAGUCACCUGAAAAAAGAAAGUGACAAGCCCCUUUAAAUGGAUCCUGUUUCCCCAUGAUGACAUCAUCACCUUCCUGCUUCUCCUUUGUG